AAAUAUUAAUAACCGUAGAGUGGCGGUGGUAGUGGAGGAGGCGCGGGGCUGAGGACGCCGACUGCCGCUACUUCAUAUUAACCAUUUUCCUGUUAGUUUUCUUACCAGACUCUUAGAAGUAAGGAGGCAAUAUGUCUAUGUCAGGUGCAGAAUACCUGGCCUCCAUCUAUGGCACAGAGAAGGAUAAGGUCAACUGCUCCUUCUACAUCAAAACUGGGGCUUGCCGCCACAGUGAAAGAUGUUCCAGAAAGCAUAACAAGCCACAGUACAGUCAAACAGUGGUGAUGCAGAACAUGUAUGUGAGUCAACAGAACUCUGCAAAGUCAGCUGAUGGUUCCCACCUUGCCAAUAUGAGUGACCAUGAGAUUCAAGAGCAGUUUGAGUAUUUCUUUGAAGAUGUAUUUUUUGAAUGUGAAGAAAAAUAUGGUGAAAUCGAAGAGAUGUGCGUCUGCGAUAACCAGUGUGACCACCUACGAGGUAAUGUUUAUAUUAAAUUCAGGCGAGAAGAGGAUGCUGUAAAGGCUGCAGAAGAUUUGAACAACCGGUGGUACAUGUUCCGUCCAAUCUACUGUGACCUGUGCCCUGUCGCUGACUUCCGUGAGGCAUGUUGUAGGCAAUUUGAAAUGGGUCAGUGUGGCAAAGGAGGCUUCUGUAACUUUUGGCAUGUUAAGCCAAUCUCACAUCACCUUAAGAAUCUACUUGCCCGUUCAUCCCGCUCUCGCUAUAAGUACCGAUCUCGCUCGCGCUCUAGGUCACGGGAUAAGCACUCGGAUAAACACACAGACGGCAAGCACAGGCGAAGGUCUCGUUCACGUUCUCGUGAUCGUGACCGCCGGGACCGCAGAGGACGGUACUGAGAUGAGAGCAGGGUUGCUUUACUUUUUUACUUGUCUUUUACACAAGUGUAGGGGUUUGAAAAUGUACAACAAAUGCAUAAAACUGAUCAUGUAACUAAAAUAACUUUUAAAAUGUUUAGAAUAUAGAGACUGAAAGUUGUAACUAUGAACUGGAGAAUCUUUGUAGACCUUCCAACGUUUUUACAGGUUACCUGACAUUGGAUUUAAUUUUUAUCUCAAAUCCCAAAUGUGUAUCACUGUAUCUGAAUGGUCUAAAGACUUAAAUAUUGUUGCAAACUGUAUUUUCUUAAUAUUUUUAUAAAUGUUUAAACUGACAAAAAGAAGUUUGCCUAUCAUUAGAAAUGCACAGACUUAGGGAUGACUGUACUAAGAAAAGUUGGAACAUGUCAUACAUUUUAUACACACUUCAGGUAUACAUCUUUAUUGUUUCCUAUUAAUGUGUGUGAUCUUUUUAAUAACAUAACUGGUAGCUCUCACUUGUUUAUUAUAGUACAAGUCAACACAUAUUCUCCACAUUGCUUUAUGAUAAAAUUGAUAGUAAUCCCUGGUGGACCAUUCAGAUACUUACGUAGGGUUAGUGAAUGUGACAUGAGUAGUCAUUGUGUUUUGUAAAGAAAUCAGUCUGACUCAAGAUUAUCUUCAAAGUACUGUCGGUCUAUUUUCCUUUUCAUAUAUUCUUCAUAAUGUGAUUCAUCUCAACUUUUAGAAUUAGAGAAUUAGAAGUAGAGAAUAGGAAGUAGAUUUGGCAAGUUUCUCCAUACUGUAGUCUAAAAAAAUUUAUGAAUGUUUCAGAAAUGGCAUUCAGUACUUUAGUUUUGUAAAUUAGUGUUUCGUGUAGUGGAUAAAAACAAUUCACACUAACUAAUUGUGUCACAUGAUUUCAUUGAAAUGGCCAUGCAAAGUGGUGGUAUGUUACUUGGGAAAUGUGCUGUAUUUUUGUUUUCCAUAAAGUAUUAUGUAAGAUUAUCCUGUAUCAUUUUAAUUGAGAUAUCAAAGAAUACAGCUCUCAGCUAAAAA